GAGGCCCCACCUGUCCCCCGUUCCCCGCAACGUCCAAAAAGGAGAAAAAAAAGGCACUUGCGCCGGCGAGCGGGCGGCACGCAAUCGGCGCGGCGGCCCUCCUCGCUUCAGAGCUCGCUCCCUUAACCUCCCUUCCCUUCGUCCCCACUCCGAAGCCCCCAGAAUCGGUUGGGGGAUCCUCGCACCUCGCCGCGCGCUCGCACGCGAGACCGCGGGGAUGGCCGCGGGGAAGCGGGUGCUCGACACGGGCUGGCUCGCCGCGCGCUCCACCGAGGUCGCGCUCACCGGCGUCCAGCUCACCACCACCCAGCCGCCGGCCGCCGACCCCGACCCCGCCGCGCCGUGGAUGAGCGCCGCCGUCCCCGGCACUGUGCUGGGGACGCUGCUGAAGAACAAGCUGAUCCCCGACCCCUUCUACGGGCUGAACAACCAGGCCAUCGUCGACAUCGCCGACGCCGGGAGGGAGUACUACACAUUCUGGUUCUUCACCACGUUCCAGUGUGCCCCGUCAGGAAAUCAGCACGUGACUUUAAACUUCCGAGGAAUAAACUACUCAGCAGAAAUGUACUUAAAUGGGCACAAGGAGGUACUUCCAAAAGGAAUGUUCCGAAGGCACACCAUUGAUAUUACUGAUAUUCUUCAUCCUGAUGGUAACAAUCUGCUUGCUGUCCUUGUUCAUCCUCCUGAUCACCCUGGCAGAAUUCCUCCUCAGGGAGGACAGGGUGGUGACCAUGAGAUUGGGAAAGAUGUCGCUACACAAUAUGUUGAAGGAUGGGAUUGGAUGUGCCCAAUAAGGGAUCGAAACACAGGUAUCUGGGAUGAGGUAUCAAUUUCCAUAACUGGGCCUGUGAAUAUGAUGGACCCCCAUCUGGUUUCAACUUUUCAUGAUGAUUUUAAGAGGUCAUACCUACACUGUACACUUCAGUUGGAGAACAAAAGUUCCUGGGUUGCAGAUUGUACCCUGAAAAUACAGGUUUCAACUGAACUUGAAGGGAACAUUUGCUUGGUGGAACACCUUCAAAGUUAUGCAAUAACAAUCCCUCCUCACUCAGAUGUAGAGUACACCAUUCCUCCUUUAUUCUUUUAUAAGCCAAACCUGUGGUGGCCAAAUGGUAUGGGAAAGCAAUCCCUAUACAACGUCGAGAUUAGUGUGGAUGUCAAAGGAUUUGGAGAGUCUGAUUCCUGGAGCCAUUAUUUUGGAUUCCGCAAGAUCGAGAGUACAAUUGAUGAUUCUACUGGUGGGAGGAUCUUCAAGGUAAAUGGUGAACCUAUUUUUAUCCGAGGAGGGAACUGGAUAUUGUCAGAUGGCCUUCUUCGGUUGACAAAGAAGAGAUAUAUGACUGACAUCAAGUUCCAUGCUGACAUGAACUUCAAUAUGCUUCGCUGUUGGGGUGGCGGAUUAGCAGAGAGGCCUGAUUUUUAUCAUUUUUGCGAUGUCUAUGGCCUGAUGGUUUGGCAGGAAUUUUGGAUAACUGGAGAUGUUGAUGGCCGAGGAAUUCCUGUGUCAAAUCCUAAUGGCCCUUUGGACCAUGAUCUCUUUCUUCUAUGUGCUAGAGAUACUGUCAAAUUACUCAGGAAUCAUGCUAGUCUAGCUUUAUGGGUUGGUGGUAAUGAGCAGGUCCCACCAGUCGACAUCAACAAAGCACUGAAGAGUGAUUUGAAGCUACAUCCUAUGUUUGUAAGUAGCCAGGCAUCAGACAGUCAACAAAAACAUUUAUUGGAAGAAUCAACUGACCCUAGUAAAUACCUUGAUGGUACUCGUGUGUAUGUCCAAGGAUCAAUGUGGGAUGGUUUUGCCAAUGGGAAAGGCAACUUCACUGAUGGUCCAUAUGAGAUUCAGUAUCCAGAGAGCUUUUUCAAGGACAGCUUCUACAAAUAUGGGUUCAACCCUGAAGUUGGAUCUGUGGGGGUUCCAGUUGCAGCGACAAUUAGGGCCACAAUGCCUGCAGAAGGAUGGAGUAUUCCAAUUUUCAAGAAAAGAAUCGACGGGUACAUUGAAGAAGUACCAAAUCCAAUAUGGGACUACCACAAGUUCAUUCCCUACUCAAAACCUGGGAAGGUCCAUGAUCAGAUUGAACUUUAUGGGCACCCAAAAGACCUGGAUGAUUUUUGUGAAAAGGCACAAUUGGUCAACUACGCUCAGUACAGAGCACUUCUGGAAGGAUGGACUUCCUUCAUGUGGACAAAGUUUACAGGUGUUCUGAUUUGGAAGACACAGAAUCCAUGGACUGGACUAAGAGGGCAGUUCUAUGAUCAUCUCCAAGACCAAACUGCUGGGUUUUAUGGUUGCCGUUGUGCUGCUGAACCUAUUCAUGUCCAACUAAAUUUGGCCAGCUACUUUAUAGAGGUAGUAAACACUACAGCUGAUGAACUCGCAGAUGUGGCUGUUGAAAUUUCAGUAUGGGAUCUGGAUGGUGCAUCCCCCUAUUACAAAGUUACCGAGAAAAUAGUUGUGCCGCCGAAGAAAGUGAAGCAGAUCAUGGAGAUGAAAUACCCGAAGGCGAAGGAUGCCAAGCCUGUGUAUUUUCUGCUACUCAAACUUUUCAGGCUGUCAGACAAUGGAAUACUCUCCAGAAACUUCUACUGGUUACAUCUUCCUGGGAAAGACUACAAGUUGUUAGAGCAGUACCAGCAGAGAAACAUUCCACUAAAAAUUGAUUCCGAGAUUUCGGUCUCAGGCACCAGGCACAAAGUAAGAAUGAUAGUAGAGAACAAGUCGAAGAAGUCGGUAACACAAAGCAUACGCCCAGCAUCAACAGUUGAUCUACGUGAUGUAAGUGGUUUCCACACUGCUGGCAACGAAACUACUCAUGAGGGAAAUGAGAGUGGCAGCCUGUGGAGGAAAAUACGCAGCGGCCUCGGCAUCGCAAGAUCAAGUGACAACCUAAGAACACUCGAGGUGAACGGGACAGAUUCGGGCGUCGCGUUCUUCCUCCACUUCUCUGUGCACACUUCCGGAUCGUCCACAGCAAGGGAGAAAUACACUGACACAAGGAUCCUCCCCGUCCACUACUCAGACAACUACUUCUCGCUGACGCCGGGGGAGAAGACGUCCAUUGACAUCUCGUUCGAGGCUCCCCCGGGGUCCAGUCCCAGGGUCGUUCUCAGGGGCUGGAACCAUCAUCUGGACCAUGCCGUGAUGAUCUGAGACGGAUCUCGUCUGUUGGGGGUGUGAUCAUGAGCAAAGAUCCGUGUAAAAUAAGUGCCUGCGCGGACACGAGAUCGUGCCUGCGAAUUGCUGCGGUAAACAGUCGUAUUAUAGUUUCUAAUGUAUUUGAUGAUGCCGGUGGCGUCUGAACCAUGACAAGGCCAUGGCGGCCUAAGCCUGUUAACGGGUUCGGCUGGUGUUGCUGCCUUGCUGGGGUAGAGCUGUAGACGAGGGAUCUCAAGGACUACGUCGUUACAUUUGUGUAUGUAGUUGAUGUUGGAAUAUUUGGACCUAUUAAUGCAAAGUCCACCAUGUAAAUUCAAAUAAUUCUAAUAAAAUAUAUAUUAGUG